ACUCAGUUUUAGAUGGCGUUCCGUCACAAAGAAGGCCCUGAGUGACACAGGAUAGACUUUCUAGUGAACCGUUUAUCUAGCAGCUCUUAUUUGGGCUUCUGUGAACUCCUGGUCCCGCCCACAGGCCCCAGGCCCCCGGCCCCGGGACAAAGGGGGAAUAUUUAAGGGACACCUUUCACCCUCACCCUUUGUCCCAGUGGAAACUCCAGUCUUGGCGUACAACUUGAAGGCCAUCUGAAUCAAGACCAAUCAUGUGUGACGACGACGAGACUACCGCCCUCGUGUGCGACAACGGCUCUGGCCUCGUCAAGGCUGGGUUCGCCGGUGAUGAUGCUCCCCGCGCUGUGUUCCCAUCAAUCGUUGGACGUCCCCGUCACCAGGGCGUGAUGGUGGGUAUGGGACAGAAGGACAGCUAUGUGGGAGACGAGGCUCAGAGCAAGAGAGGUAUCCUGACUCUGAAGUACCCCAUCGAGCACGGCAUCAUCACCAACUGGGACGACAUGGAGAAGAUCUGGCACCACACCUUUUACAACGAGCUGCGCGUGGCCCCUGAGGAGCACCCCACCCUGCUCACUGAGGCCCCCCUGAACCCCAAGGCCAACAGGGAGAAGAUGACCCAGAUCAUGUUCGAGACCUUCAACGUCCCCGCCAUGUAUGUCGCCAUCCAGGCCGUGCUGUCCCUGUACGCCUCCGGUCGUACCACCGGUAUUGUGCUGGACUCUGGUGAUGGUGUGACCCACAACGUACCCAUCUAUGAGGGUUAUGCUCUGCCCCAUGCCAUCAUGCGUCUGGAUCUGGCCGGUCGCGACCUCACUGACUACCUGAUGAAGAUCCUGACUGAGCGCGGCUACUCCUUUGUGACCACCGCCGAGCGUGAGAUCGUGCGGGACAUCAAGGAGAAGCUGUGCUACGUGGCCCUGGACUUUGAGAAUGAGAUGGCCACCGCUGCCUCCUCCUCCUCCCUGGAGAAGAGCUACGAGCUGCCCGACGGUCAGGUCAUCACCAUUGGUAACGAGCGUUUCCGUUGCCCAGAGACUCUCUUCCAGCCUUCCUUCAUUGGUAUGGAGUCCGCUGGUAUCCAUGAGACCGCCUACAACAGCAUCAUGAAGUGUGACAUUGACAUCCGUAAGGACCUGUACGCCAACAAUGUCCUGUCCGGCGGUACCACCAUGUACCCUGGUAUUGCUGACCGUAUGCAGAAGGAGAUCACCGCUCUGGCCCCCAGCACUAUGAAGAUCAAGAUCAUCGCUCCCCCCGAGCGUAAGUACUCUGUGUGGAUCGGCGGCUCCAUCCUGGCCUCUCUCUCCACCUUCCAGCAGAUGUGGAUCAGUAAGCAGGAGUACGACGAGGCCGGCCCUUCCAUCGUCCACAGGAAGUGCUUCUAAACAUCCCAUCUCCCCACACCUCCUCCAUACACAUACACCCUCCUUCUGUUGUCUGCCUUUGUACUGUAUAUACAUGUUCUGUUGUAAUAAAAUAGUUGCUUGUAACAAUAA